AUGAGAGGGGACCGAAGCACCGUGGAUCGGCUCGACAAGCCUAGCGCCUACUUUAGCAACCGAAAACAACGCCGGCGACCCGAGAGGGACCACCGUGAUGGAGACGAAGAUACUAAUACACAGCCGGAGCCGCUAGCAGAGGACCCGCUCAAGGAUGCGACAACGCUCUAUGUCGGGAACCUGUCAUUCUACACGACGGAAGAGCAGGUAUACGAGCUCUUCUCCAAGUGCGGCGAGAUCAAGCGCCUGGUGAUGGGCCUUGACCGCUUCAACAAGACGCCGUGCGGGUUCUGCUUCGUCGAGUACUACACGCACCAGGACGCCCUGGACUGCAUGAAGUACAUUGGCGGCACCAAGCUGGACGAGCGCAUCAUCCGCACCGACUUGGACCCGGGUUUCGAAGAGGGCCGGCAGUACGGACGCGGAAAGUCGGGAGGCCAGGUGCGGGACGAGUACCGCGAAGACUACGACGAGGGCCGCGGCGGCAUCGGCAGAGCGAUACAGCAAGCCGAGCGGCUCAAGGAUGCGGAACGCGGCGGAGAUCGCGAGGCCGAAUAUGGGCGGUUGAGAUAG